AGUGUUUGCCAAAAGUUGAAAUAAUUUGAUGGCUGCUAUAGCUGUCCAAGAAUCAAAAGUUUAUGACCAGCAAAACCCAAGUGCUGAUUAUAAGCCUAAUCAGCACUUGGGUUGAUUAGUUCUACGUUUGAACUUGUUCCUCUCUGGGUGUUUUGGACGGUCAGAGUAUUUCUGGACAGGGAAAGGAGAGGCUCUUUUUGCCUCCUAAGACAAAAGAAAGUCGGCACUGAUGAGCAAAUCAACGUUUUACAGACUGCUGUCCCAUGAGGCAGUUUGUUCCAGGCGAGCCAUAACUUUGAAUCUUGAAACAUGAAAAAACAAAAACAAACCCCCCAAAAAAAACAAUGUCACCUCCACACAUUAUGGUCCAUGGAGCCUCCUGUCUAACCUCAGCUGUCAACACGUAUGUACCUAGUAUGAAAACGAUCCCAAAUCCUGUAAUACUGCACACCACUUCAGUACUACCUAGCAGCAAUGACGUUAAAAUGACAGAAGGAGGCAGUAGUAAACUUUUGCACGUCAGUCUGUUGUAAUCUAAUGGAAAUGCUAUGGAGCAGGGCUGGUCGCGGGCCAAACUGAAAAUUUAUUGAAAAAUGAAGGCAAUUGUGCAUGUUUUCCCUUCUCUACAGAUAUAUUGUGUAAACUUUUUGGAUAGUUUUGCGUAAACAUUGAAUCGGGAACAACCAGAGCUUAAUAUUAUAAACACAUGAAAAAUUAAAUUUGAGCUAUAACACACAUCAGUAUUAUGUGUUUUUAUCUUUAGCCUUUUGAGUUCGAGUUCCUUUCUCAGGCCAACAACACACACACAAAAAAACAGAAUGUACUGUAUGUACUAUAAUAUAGCACAAACACCGCUAAUACUACAAAUCCUGCCAGUAUAUAGGGACUAUAUAACUCUAGUACACAUAAUGAUAUGAUCUUGUGGGCCAAAUAUAAUUACACUGUGGGCCCUAGUUUGUCACAUGUGCUACGGAGGAUUAAUCUGUCUAUAGUGGUUGCGUCGUUGUUUAAAAUAAAUGACCACAUUUUUUUUUCUACUGCCAAAACAGCAUUGACACCGUAGGUGCAUGGACUCUACUAGAACUGAAACCUGACAACAAAAUAAAAUCAAUUAAUUCAAUCAUAUAAAUCAUACUGAACACCAACUUCUAACAAAACAACCAGAAAAAGUGGAAAUAAGGUUGUGUUGGGCCAACUGUAGCCAACUAAAAGACAGAGUUAUAAAGAACAUGUUUAGGUUGAUAAGUUGGUUCCAUAGUGUAAGUUAGCAUGCCUGCCUUGGAAGCAGAGAGCAGAGUCCUGGGUUCGAUUCCCAGAGGAACCACAUGCAUGGCAUUUGCUAGGGUUAAAUACCAGAAAGGUCAGAACAGAAGAAGCCUCUUGGAUGAGAAGUGAAACAUUUUCAAGAAACCCAACCAGUCCAGUUGCUGUUGAUGUUACUGCUUAAGAUACGGUGACCUGGAUGACUGAAGAGUUACACAGACAGAGUUUAGACUUUCAAACCAGUUUACAAAGUGAAACUACAGUGCACCACACCUAUUGUUUGCAUGCACAGCAUUACAACAUUUACCGUGUAACUCGUUUGACUGGUUCACACGCACAAGAAAUACGGAAAGAACACAGAGGGACUUAUACUAUAAACACAUAGUUUUAACCCUGUCAGUUGCUGUUUGGGGCACUGAAAGCAAGUAUGGAGAAGGAUCAAGGACAACCACUGGACUUUUCAAAUACACCAGCACCUCCAUAUCCAGGCUACCCCGAAAACUACAAUGUUGGAGUCUAUGGUGGAGCACCUACUCAAGCAGCUUAUCAUUACAGCCCACAACAACCUCAAACAGUGCAACAGGUAGUGGUGGUACAGCAGAUGCCAACAGAUGCCCCUGGACAGAUGACGUGUCCUCGCUGUCAAACCACUGUUCUUACUAAAACAGAGAACAAGAAUGGUUUGUUCACCUGGCUAAUUUGUGGUGUACUUGGAGUUUUCUUGUGCUGGCCUUGCUGUUUCAUCCCUUUUUGCGUGGAUGGUUGCAAGGAUGUGGAACAUUCCUGUCCUUUAUGUAACACUGUUCUGCACAUCCAUAAACGCAUGUGAAGUGCUGCGUUCUCUAUAAGAAAAAAACAAACAAAACUAUUUACCAUGACACAUAGUUUGUUUUAGGUCUGAUGUGUGAAUAUAUACAACAAGUGGCUUUAAAAUUUUAACACAACAGAUUUACUUCUGAAUCGUGAAGAAAAAUGUAAUAUUGAUGUAGUCUUUAAAAUAUUUGCUGCUCUUUAUUGUAGUUUGUGAUUCUGUUAGCUCAGAAGACUUUUUCUCAGGCUUUUGUUUGCUAUAAAAAGGCAUUAAUGUUUAAGGCUACAUUUUUAAUAUUAGGAUAGUAACACACAAAAAGACUGCAAACAACAAGCAUAAUUGAAAGAAAUAAUGUAAAUAAAAUCAAGGUUCUUAUUCAGGUUUUGUGCAAAUAUUAAUUGCCACUACAUUUUGAAGAAAAUCAAAAAAUACUGCUCUUAUAAUACAAAGCACUGUAAUACAUAUUUUAUACUUAUUUUUUAAAUUUUUGUAUUUAUUUUUAAUUUUUAAAACACAGCUUUAACAAUGGGGUCAAUCAUUAUUACCAAUGUUUUUCUUAUUUUAAUUUAUUUGAUGCUGCCCUUACUACAGCAUACACUGUCAAUGAAGAUUCUGAGAAUGCACUGCGAUGAUUUCAUAUGAUUAGCAUACUAAUGACAGACUUACGUUUUUAACUGCAAUUAGUUUCACUCAGAUAUUUACUUAGAUAUAAACUUUUUUGAUCCCACACUGGGGAAGUUGUUGCGUUAACAGCUGAUCUGCUGAAACAGGCUGUCUCAUGGUAUGUGGUUCUCCUGGAACCUCAGGACCCACUGUGUGUAAAGCAGAUGAAAACUGCUCCACUAUGGAACCGCUGUACAAUAUAUAUUAUUCUGACAUAUUUUGAUUCAUAAAUAUAAAAAUCACCAUCUAUAAUGAAACAAUUGUCGUGUUUUGAGUACAUUCCUCUCAGAGCUCUUAUAUUCUCAACAUUUUAGUCAUUAUCCAAUAUACAGCUAUAGUAUAUCCUGGUUUUUACGUUUACAUGGUAAAAAGUCAUAGAAAAACAUCUCCUGCAAUGCCCGCAUUUCCCCAAUAGAUGGCGUAGAAAAAGUAAAACGCAUCUUAGCUUUUAGACAUGACUUUUACAUAUAAUUUUUUAGUUCACACCAACUCUCAAUCUAUGUGCUCCUCACCCUACUAAUCCAAUUUAGAAUGAGCCCUUCUUAUUUGGCCAGUUUUCCUUUUAAUCAACGCACCAACAAAAGGAGUAGUUCCAGGUCACAGUACGUUUAGCCACACGAGUCUUAGGCAUGUGAAAUUUGUAAGCUGUUUAUAUUGUAUCAGAAAUACUUAUCGUGUAAUGGUCAUAUACAAGAAUAUAUAUAUAACUGGUUUGCAUAACUGUUUAGUUUGUCUUUGUCAAAUAAGACUUUUAACAGCCGGGUAGCAACUGUUAGUUAGCAUGUCUAAGUUCAGUACAAGUUUCUUGAUAGAUUUGGUACAAGUUAUUGAGUGUAAAUGUGUCAUAGUCAUUCAUUAUUUAGUCAUGAAAAGUUAUCAUCGUUUUAUUCACAAAUAAAUAAAAUGUAUUCAAAAACAUAAAAGCAAACUCCAACGGUGCAUACGUUUAGUACUGAUAGUCAGUUUCACUUCACGUGCCUACGAGGAAAGUACUUCCGGGUCAACGUGUGUUUCGCCACGCGAAUCUUACGAGCACGGGAAAUUGCUGAAGUGACUUGCUCUGUGAGUAGAUUGGGGCUCUCAACAAACCAUUGAGUUGCAAAGUCCAUGCCAUUGAAGGAGGAGGAAAUGGAUUUUAGCAACAAAAGUGAAGAAAAGCAUAUAAAGAAGAAAAAGCUGAAGAAGAGUAAAACCACUGUGGUUGACAACAAGAACUGUUGUGUUGAUGAUCUAAUUCCAUUGAGGAAGAUGAAGCAUAGCCAGACAGAACAAACAGCGACUUUAGAGCCAGAAUCUUAUCAAAGUAGUGGUAGUAAAAAAAGGAAUAAGGAUAGAAAAAAAAAAAAAAGGGAAGAAGGUGUAAACCAAUUGGAAGAUGGUGUAAAUAAUGCUGGUGCAAUGGAGACAACAGAAAAUCUGCUGUACAAAAAGAAGAAAAAGAAGAUUUGUGAUAUCAAACAUGUAGAAAUACAUCAAGAUUUGUUAAAAGAAGAGAAAAAACAGCGAAAGAAAGAAAAAGAAAAGAGUGAGAAAUUGCAAAUCAGAAAA